CUAUCUUCUCUUCACAUCCCAAAAACAUUCUCCACCUUAUAUCACAAACCCUCUUCACAAUAACACUCAGCCAACACCUUCUUCAAACACUUACUAGACUAGACUAUCAUUCUCAUUUUCAUGCCUUUAAAACAGCAAACGAAACCCGAAUCCAGAAAAAGGACCCGCCAAAACGACACCCAAUUUCGUGGAGUUCGUAAACGGAGAUGGGGCAGCUACGUUUCUGAGAUAAGGCUUCCGGGUCAGAAGACCCGAAUAUGGCUUGGAUCAUUCGGGUCAGCGGAGAUGGCUGCCCGGGCUUAUGACUCCGCGGCUUUUUUCCUGAAGGGAAACGCUGCGAGUUUGAACUUCCCUGACUUGGUUGAGUCGUUGCCCAGACCUGAAUCCUGUUCGAGGAGGGAUAUUCAGGUGGCGGCGGCCAAAGCGGCUGUUCAGGAAGUGAGUGCGAGUCGGGUGGAGAAUGAAUGUUGUGGGUCGGAGGGUGAUGACUGGUGGGAGUGUGUAGAAACGGCGUCGUUUGAGGAAGUGAAGAUGCGUUCUGAGGUGAGUCAAAUGAGGUUUGACUCGGUUGUUGAGGAGUUCCACAGUUUAAUGGAUUGGGAGAAUGAGAUUUUGUUGGGCUCUUCUUUAGAAGGCUUUUAUUAUGAGGAGGGCUUUUUUUAUUAGGUUCUAGCUCCAUAUGUAUAUAUAAAUAUAAAUAUAUAUCUGGAGAAAAUAUGGAUUUGAUAGUGUUUUCAAAUUUAAUUUUGUGUUUAUAUCGAAUUCGAUAACAUUAUAUAAUAUGAUUGAUAUUGAUAUUUUGUAUUAAGAUAUGGGAUAAGUUUUCAUGUAUACUUGUAAUAUCAAGUGGUAAAGUUGACCAUGUAUACAGAUUUUAUGUAUAAUGGGCAUUAUUAAGCUAAGGUACAUGUUGUAUUA